AUGUCGACUGCAAAUGGAUAUGUUUCGAAUGGAGAAAAGAGGCUCAAACUCACAGAUGUCGAUGAAGAGACUCUGAACUCAGGUGCUGAAGGGUACACUGCAACACAAGUGUUCGUGAAGAACCCGGCUUGUGUCGCUUAUACAUACGAUGAUACUAUUGUGAUGCCCGGACACAUCUCUUUCUCACUUGGUGAUGUUGACAUCUCAACUAAGCUCACUCGUAACAUUGAACUUCAAGUCCCAUUUGUUUCUUCGCCUAUGGACACUGUCACUGAGCACAAGAUGGCGAUUACGAUGGCGCUGCAAGGAGGAAUUGGAAUCAUCCACUCGAACAUGAAAGCCGAAGACCAGGCUACUGAAGUAAGGCGAGUAAAGAAGUUCAAGAAUGGAUUCAUUCUUGACCCUGUUUGUUUGAGCCCUGAGAGCACUCUGGAAGAGGUUUAUCGAACAAAGCAAUCACUAGGAUUUUCGUCUUUUCCAGUGACUGAUAAUGGAAAGAUGGGGGGAAGAUUGGUUGGAAUCAUCUCCAACCGAGACACGUCUUUCAUUGAAGACCCUUCCGUUAAGGUAAAGGAAUUCAUGACCUCACGUGAUCGAUUGGCAUGUGCAAAAGAUGGUGUAAGCCUUGAAGAGGCGAACAAAAUGCUAAAAGAAAGCAAGAAAGGAAAACUUCCCGUGGUGAACGAAAAAGAUGAACUUGUUGCACUCAUUGCAAGGACAGAUUUGCAAAAAAAUCGAGACAACCCACGUGCAUCUAAAGAUUCUGUGAACAAACAGCUCCUUUGCGGUGCAUCGAUUGGCACACGUCCAGAUGAUAAAAUACGGGCCAAGCUUCUGGUCGACGCUGGUGUAGAUGUCAUUGUUGUCGAUUCGUCACAAGGAGACUCAACUUACCAAAUCGAGAUGGUUCAACAUCUCAAGUCAACACACCCGGAAGUUGACGUGAUUGGGGGAAACGUUGUCACACCCUCACAAGCUCACCAUCUUAUUGAAGCUGGUGUCGACGGACUUCGGGUUGGAAUGGGAAUUGGAUCCAUCUGUACUACACAAGAGGUUUGUGCUGUUGGACGAGCACAAGCGAGUGCGGUAUAUCACGUUUCCAAGUAUGCCAGAAAGUUUGGUAUCCCAAUCGUAGCAGACGGUGGGAUCAAAUCAACUGGUCAUAUCACGAAGGCGCUUUGCCUUGGUGCUGGGUGCGUCAUGAUGGGUAGCAUGCUUGCAGGUACGGAUGAAGCACCUGGAGAGUAUUUCUACCAAGACGGUGUACGCUUGAAACGUUACAGAGGUAUGGGAAGUAUCGAAGCCAUGAAUCAAGGAGGCGAGAAGCGCUAUGUUUGGGACACAGCCAAAACAGCUGUGAAGGUGGCGCAAGGUGUUAGUGGCGCAGUCACGGACAAAGGAACCUUACAGCGUUACAUUCCGUACCUCAUGCAAGGUGUUCGUCACGGUUUGCAAGAUGCAGGGGUGAAGAGUUUAGAUGAUGCUAGGGAAAAGCUCUACAGCAACAGACUGCGCUUCGAGAUUCGAUCUCCAGCUGCGCAAAAGGAAGGCGGUGUGCACGGUUUGCACAGUUACCAGAAGCGUCUGUACUAG